GUCGCAGGCAAAGCAUAAAAGGGACUAGGGCCUUGAACCUUCUCCUUCUACCAUCCUUGAUUCUUUUUCUCUCUUCCCCUGCCUUUUUCCUUUCCCCUCUGAAAAAGAAAAUGGAGACAAAGCAACAACAAACUAUUGCACUUUCAAUCACCGUCUUGUUGAUGCUGGUGGGUACUGCGACCUCGGAUUUGGCACAGGACAGGGCUGAAUGUUCCAAUCAGCUGGUGGGGCUGGCCACAUGCCUGCCGUAUGUGGGCGGUGAAUCAAAAGCCCCCACCCCGGACUGCUGCAGCGGGCUCAAACAGGUGGUGGACAAAAGCAAGAAGUGUCUCUGCAUCUUGAUUCAAGACCGAGAUGACCCCAACCUUGGCAUCAAGGUUAACGCUACUCUUGCAGCAACCCUCCCCAGCACAUGCCAUGUACCUGUCAACAUCUCAGACUGCAUUUCACUUCUUCACUUAGCACCAAAUUCACAAGAAGCUAAAUUGUUUGAAGGAUAUGAAAAGCUCACCCAGGGGAUAAGCCCUGCCCCUGCAACAGCCAGCACAGGGAACUCCACUGCUACUAGCAGUGCAACAAGUGCUCAAGUAAAGAGUGAUGGAGGGAUAAAGAAGAAGAGAUGGUUGGGAAUGGAGAUGGUAUUUGGAGUUUCUCUAUGGAUUUUUAGUUUACACCUAAUCUUUGAUGUUUGAUAUGUUUCUGAGUAUUGUGUGUGUGUUUUUUCCCCUUAACAUUCCUCUGUUGUAUCGUUAUUUGUGGACAACAUAUAAGUUUUAUGAUUUCUGAUUUCUCAGCGUUGUCUUUUUCAAAUACCCGUGUUUGUUUCACUUGAAUCUUGAAAUAGAAAUUAUCAGAGGGA